UCAAAGUUGUCUCUCCGCUCGGAAAAAAAAAAGCAGGGGAGGGUGCGUUCAGGGUGCUCGCUAGUUUUUCCCAACGCCGCCGCCGCUGCUUCACUCGCGCUUCCUCCCGGAGAGAUGAGGCGGAAGGAGAAGAGGCUGCUGCAGUUCGCCGGGCUGCUCAUAGCGGCUCUCAUUUUCCUCCCCAACGUCGGGCUGUGGUCCCUCUACAGGGACCGAGUGUUCGACAACUCGCCCGUAACUGUGGACGGUCCGGGCGGCAUCCCCGCGAUACAGGAGAUGAAGCGAGCCUCCGUCGCUUGUACGCCCGAAGACGCAGCGCAUUCCUCCUCCGCGGAGCCGGCGCGUCACGCCAUUGAUAUUCUCCUCGCAGGAUCGUCAGGCCAUGAAAUGGUGGCGGUGAACCGGUUGGGGAAGGACGCUCAGCUGGGCCGCGACAGCGUGCAGAGGAAAGACUGGCACGACCAUGAGGCGAUCAAACGAGACUCCUCCCGAUCCGGGAACGGCGAACAGGGGAAAGCGUUCCCGCUGACAGAUGCUGACAGGGUGGACCAGGCCUACAGGGAGAACGGCUUCAACAUCUACGUCAGCGACCGGAUCUCCCUCAACCGCUCCCUGCCGGACAUCCGCCAUCCAAACUGCAAACUGAAGCUGUAUGCAGACAAGCUGCCCAACACCAGCGUCAUCAUCCCGUUCCACAACGAGGGCUGGUCGUCGCUGCUGAGGACCGUUCACAGCGUGCUCAACCGCUCGCCCCCACAGCUCAUCGCCGAGAUCAUCCUGGUCGACGACUUCAGCGACAAAGAGCACUUGAAAGUGGCCCUCGAGGAGUACAUGGUGAGGUUGCCCAAGGUUCGCAUCCUGAGGACCAAGAAGAGGGAGGGGCUGAUCAGGACUCGGCUGCUGGGCGCCCGCGCCGCCAAAGGAGAGGUCAUCACCUUCCUGGACUCCCACUGCGAGUCCAACGUCAACUGGCUGCCUCCGCUGCUGGACCGAAUCGCCCAGAACAGGAAGACCAUCGUGUGUCCGAUGAUCGACGUCAUCGACCACGACAACUUUGGCUACGAGACGCAGGCGGGGGACGCCAUGCGAGGGGCGUUCGACUGGGAAAUGUACUACAAACGGAUCCCCAUCCCUCCGGAGCUGCAGAAGGAUGACCCCAGCGAACCCUUCGAGUCUCCGGUGAUGGCGGGUGGACUGUUUGCUGUGGACAGGAAGUGGUUCUGGGAGCUGGGAGGAUACGACACGGGGCUGGAGAUCUGGGGAGGAGAACAGUACGAGAUCUCCUUCAAGGUGUGGAUGUGUGGCGGCCGGAUGGAGGACACCCCUUGCUCCAGGGUAGGGCACAUCUACAGGAAGUACGUCCCCUACAAAGUUCCCGGUGGGGUCAGCCUGGCCAGGAACCUGAAACGCGUGGCGGAGGUGUGGAUGGAUGAGUACGCCGAAUACAUCUACCAGCGCCGGCCCGAGUACCGCCACCUGUCCGCGGGGGACAUGACGGCCCAGAAGGAGCUGAGGAACCGGCUCAACUGCAUGGACUUCAAGUGGUUCAUGAGCAAGGUGGCCUGGGAUCUGCCCAAGCACUACCCUCCGGUGGAGCCUCCGGCCGCCGCGUGGGGGGAGAUUCGCAACGUGGGCAACGGCAUGUGCCUGGAGAGCAAGCACGUCGUGUCGGGGAGUCCCGUCCGCCUGGAGAGCUGCGCCAAGGGCCGGACCGAGGUGAGCUGGAGCCACGGGCAGGUGUUUACGUUCGGGUGGCGAGAGGACAUCCGGGUGGGCGAUCCCAUGCACACUAAAAAGGUCUGCUUCGACGCCGUUUCCCACAACAGCCCCGUCACCCUGUACGACUGUCACGGCAUGAAGGGCAACCAGCUGUGGCGCUACAGGAAGGAUAAGAGUCUGUAUCACUCCGUCAGCAACAGCUGUAUCGACUGCAGCCCCAGCGAGCGGCGGGUCUUCAUGAACACGUGCGACUCCUCCUCCGCCAGCCAGCAGUGGCUGUUCGAGAGAACCAACGGCACCGUGCUGGAGCGCUUCAACCGGGCCGCCAACUGAGGCCCCUCGGCAGCGUCCACGAUGGAGAAACGAGACAGAGACUCCUGACGUGCUGCUG